CCACACGCGUGAAAACAUUGUUACACCGCACAAACCAGUUUAUUGAACGUGACAACGGUGCAGACGUGGAUUGCCAGACUCGCUUUUAUUCACGAGCAAGCCUAAGAUAAGCGGGGGCUAUUGAACGGGGCCAAAGCCCCAUGGCAGGGCUUGCUGGCUGUCCUCGGCUUGGUGCAGUGCGGCCAAGCCGGUCGACGCAACCAUGCUGCCCUCCGCUUUGCGCACCAAGGGCCCACCUAGCGACCCCCAGGUGCCGGCUUCAAAGCCGGCAGGCCUUGGGAGUACGAUGUAGCUCAAAGAACAGCGCAAGCCCGUCACCGACGAGUUCGGUUGACGCGUCAGCGUCUCCGACUGCAUCUGUCGACUUCGCGCCGGAGCUGCGGACGCUGAUCAACGCGAUUCCGUUCACGAAGCUAGCCAUCUGGGGCUUUACAGCAGCCCUGGCGUAUCAGCUGCAUGAUUUUGCAGGGAUGGUGCUGGGCACCUUCAUUGUGUCCUUUAUCGGGAACUCGUUCGUGCAGAACGCGCAGGAGGCGCAGCUGGUGCAGUCGCUGCUGCCGACGCAGCCGAUGCGCCGGCAGGUGCUGGUGCUCCUCUAUUUCUUCAUGAUCCUGGGAAUAUUCACGCUGCUAGGCGUGCUGACGAUACCAGACAUUGCACGGGAGGGAGCGGACUUUGUGAACCGGCUACAAAGCGACAACAUCUGGGUGAUCCUGGUGGAGAAGAUGCGGCGCGGCGUUGGCGACCAAGUGAUGACCAGCCUGGAGAAGGCCGUGUACCUGGCCACCAGCAACGACAUCGCGGCGGCGGCGCUGCAGGAGCCGCAGGUGUGGUCUGCGGAGCGCAGCACGCAGCUGGGCCUGGCUGUGAGCUCCAUGCUCAAGGGCUACACCAACACCGCCGCCAAGUACACGGGGCUGUUCCUCAAGUCCGUGGCCAAGUUCAGCCUGCAGGCGCUGGUGUCGCUCAUCCUGGGCUUCCUGUUCGUGUGGGACAUGCCGCGCAUCUCCCGCGGCAUCUCCAGCCUGGCCACCUCCCGCCUGGCGCCCGUGUACAACGAGGUGGCGCCCAUGCUGCUGGUGUUCGGGCAGCUGUUCGGGAAGGCGCUGCAGGUGCAGGCCCAGAUCGCGGUGGUGAACACGGCGCUGACGGCGGCGGGCAUGUGGCUGCUGGCCAUUCCCGGCAUCGGCCUGCUGAGCCUGUUUGUGUUCCUGUGCUCCUUCAUCCCCAUCAUGGGCUGCAUCAUCUCCACCGUCCCCAUUGGAUUCGUGGCGCUGACCGAGUACGGCUUCGUGAAGCUGGCCAUGGUCAUCGUCAUGGUGGCGAUGGUGCACUUUGUGGAGGCGUACGCGCUCAACCCCGCCAUAUACUCGGCGCACCUGAAGCUGCACCCGCUCAUGGUGCUGUCCGUGCUGCUGAUCGCGGAGCACAACCUGGGCGUGUGGGGGCUGCUGCUGGCCGUGCCCUCCACCGUGUUCGCGCUGGACUACGUCAUCCGCUACCCGGAGCACAGCAUACGCGAGGUGGGCGAGCGGGAGCUCAGCGUUAUCAAGAAGCAGCCCAAGGCAACGUCCUCGCAGGACGUGCCGGCAUCGGAUGACGGGCCAGGCGGCUCGCCCACUGCCCUGAAGCCCGCCCUGCAGGGCAGCUAGUCAGGCAGCGGCUAGUGGGGCGGCAUAGCUCGGGAUACGGGCGCGCCAGCUGGGCGGCCCUAGAACAGGCGUAGCAUUUAGCAUUAGAGGCUGGCAUCGAGGGGCGGCCGAAGCGUCGACCAGCGAUGCGAGGAGGCAUCCGGAGCAGCAGCAAUGGCUGCGAAGCAGAUAUACGGUACCGCUUCGGGUGGGCAAUUACCGCAGGCAGUAGCUAACGGCGACGGAUGGAGGCCGACCUUUCGUGGCAGCAGUAGCAACAGCAACGGCGGCGGUAGCUCAGGCUGCCAGUGGAGGACUGGCGCGCGCACGGAUGCUGCGGCGGCAGCAGGCAUGGUCAUGUGCUGUGAAGCUCCAUCCGCAGCCGCAGCAGCGAACGCAAUGCGGGCACGGGCGCGGCUGUGUACAGCCGAGCAGGCUGGGAGACCCGUUGGCGCGCGCGCACGAGGUGCCUUCGCAGCGCUGGGUUAGGAUAGGCGCUCUCUUGCUGACAGCGUGGAUGCACCGCUGGGCUGGACAGAGGGUGGAGCUCGCAGCGAUUGGGCAGGGAGCGAAGGCCUGGCGUAAAGCUAUGCAUGGCCAGCGUCCGCAUUGAGUUAUUGUUCCUGCGUGAUGUGUGGACACGUACGCGCACUGUCUGUAUAGUUUUUACGAAGGCGUGUGGGGGUACCUCAACAAUGGACAGGCGGUUGCAGGCACGAGUUGGCAGGCGUACGUCCUUGCUUAGGGCGCUCUUGACAGGAGCUGGCAGGUAGCGGCGCGCGCGGACUGGUACAUAGGGCUCUGGAGGAGAAGAAGUGCAAGUUCGCGGCAACGUGCAUGUUGGAUCGGGCUGUCGACAGUUUUGACGUGGAGCGCUGCCACUUUCUAGUAGGCGGCAUCAUGACAGCAUCAUCAGGCAUCAUGACAGCAUGCUUGCUCGUUUCCUGAGGGCUAUUCGUGCUGAACUUACGUGCUGAACGAACUUGCAAUAGUUACGAUGACUUCGGGGCUGUUCUUUCGCAUCCUCCUUUCCCCCAGGUACGGAGCUGUGUUACGGACGGGCAUGUGUGUGCGUGUGUGUUCACAAGAGAGCCAAAGAGAAGAAGAGUGAUACAGCAAACCACGUGAGGAUGUGCGCCCGUAUGCCUCUUAAAGUAACUCUGGUUCUGUGGAGGCACAACUCAGGAGUGGAGUGCCUGGAGGCCAAGCAGCAUGGGCCAUAGCGCGGACGGCAACGCUGAGCAAGGCAUCCCAUUGCGCGCCAACUCUGCACCCACGCCACGUCAGCGUGAGAGAGUGGCAACUGUUGGUGUAAUACAACUUGCGU